CCCGCACUUACCAAUUUCUGAUUGGAUGCCUCAAGGCUGCGCUCAGCGCUGAUUGGCUGAGGGGCGGGGUUUCACGGCCGGAAGGCGGAGCGGGCGGCAAAGAUGGCGGCGCUGGCGGUGCUGUGGGGGCUGCUGGCGGCUGCGCUGCGCUCCGCGGCCGAGCCGUGCCCGGAGCCCACCAUCGUCCCGUCCUACUACACCACGUCCGACGCCGUCAUCUCCUCCGAGAGCGUCUUCGUGGUGGAGAUCUCCUUGGCCUGCAAGAACGGCGCUCAGAACGUGGCUCUGUACGCUGACGUCAACGGGAAACAAUUCCCCGUUACCCGCGGGCAGGACGUGGGGAGAUACCAGGUGCGGGGCUCACGUGGUCCGGGUUGGGUCACGUGGUCUGGGCAGGGGUCACGUGAGGUCUGGGGGUGGUUCGAGGUUUGGGGCGAAAUGAGGAUUUUUGGGGUCUACGAGAAUGGUGCCUGGAACGGUCCCUGGGUCUCCACAGAGGUGGUGGCAGCGGCUGUGGGGCUGCUGGUUUAUUACUUUGCCUUCAGCACCAAAAGCAGCAUUCAGGCGUAGCCCCCCCCCCCCAAAUCAGAGUAUCCGCUGGGGGGGGGAACCCCAAAAUUUGGGGUUGUUCCCCUCCCCUUCCCCCAUUCUGUGCCCCCCAAUAAAGGCUGGAUGCCCUA